UUGAGUCAAAAGUUUUUUUUUUCUUUUUAUAGUUUAAAUUUAAAGAUGAGAUUAAAUGAGUAUUUCAGAAAAACUGGAGAGAUUGUUUGGACAAUGGCGUUUAAUUGUAAUUACAUUUAACAAGGCAUCCACUAAGAUCUAAGAAGCACAAACACUUUAGUUUAGAUGAUGUGUCCAUAUUAGACACAUAUCAAACAAUUGAACACUAGUACUUGUUGAACUCUUGGUUACAUGACAAACCUAGUUUAUACGAGGUUAAUGAAUCCAAUAUUUGUUAGGCACAUAUAGCUAAAUAGACAACAUAUAUCAAUAGAUGCAUGAUAAUAUAUAAUAGAAAUAAUAAACUUUGAGGGAAAGAUACAUUAAAUCCAAAAUUUUUAAGCAUAUAAACCUAUGAACUUAUUGAUUUAUAAUUUCCUUCGAGUCUAAAAAUAAUACAUAUUUUUCAAAAAUGCAUAUUUUAGUAAAAGUGUCUUUGUUGCACCCUAGAUUUGUAAAAAAUGACGUAUUACCGUGUCCUUGUUGUGUCAUGUCUUAUAUCCAUGUUCAUACUUAUUUGGUCAACUAACCACAACAACAUACUAGUCAUUAAAGAUCAUUGUGUAAGAUAGAUUGCCAUCUUCAAAUUCUCUUUGAAAAGAUUGCUAUUUUCUGUUUAUGAGAACUCAAAGGAAACCGAUUGGAAUUAAAAAUUGAUUUCUUUUUGUUAUAUUCAUAAGAAUGAUCUAGCAUAUCAGGAAAAUAAAAUUAAGUUUAGAGGAUUGUGAUUUUGUUUUUCUUGUUUUGAAAAAAAUUCAUUCCUUUGAAAAUUUUCACCAAUGUUGAGGAGAACAUGUAAUUAGAUUAUAACCUGAACUUCUGGGAUUUAACUCUAGAUUAGAAACUAAAUAAACAUUACGAGGACUGAAUUUAUUGUUUAACCUAAACACUUCUAUUAUUGAUUGAUAUUCAAAAUUGGAUACUAAUACUUACAUUAAGGAAGAUAAAAGACUUGGUUCUUGUUCACAAACUUCUUAAGAAACUGAUCUGAGUAAAGAGGCAGAAUCAAAGGUGACAAUAUCACUAGUGUCAGAGAUGAAACUUCGUUUGUCUGAAAUUUGUUUAAAGCACAUCAAAUAGACAUGUUUUUCUGCUGCUUUCCUUUUGUCUUAGAGCAGUCUUAAGGAGGCCAAGACCUUGAACUCCAUCAAAUUUAUAAUCUCUCUUUUGAUGGUGGCUUUGCUUCAAUUUCUUAUUUCUCUGCUUCCCUUGCCCGGAGCAAAAUGUAUGCAUUUUGGCUUCAAUUUCAUGUAAUCUUAAUUGAAUACGAUCGUCGGAUAUUUAGAGCGAUUUAUACAUUGUUCUGGAUAAUUACACUCGUUGAUAACAUGUUAAGGGGUGUUUGGGAUGAUGAGUUUGUUAUUAUAGUUUAUUGAUUAUAGUAGUUUGUAGAUUAUUAUAUAGUUUGUGUCUGGGAUGUAAAUUAUUUUAGUCCGGAUAAGAAAUAAUAAGUACCACAAACAAGAGGGAAUGAGAGAAUGAGUAAGAAUAGUAAACACUAUAACAAAGACGGAUUUAAAAUAGUAAUACUAUAGUUAGUAGUAGGAAAUAAUAGUUGAAAUACCAACUAUUUAAUUGGAGCCCCAAACACCCACCCAUUUGAAGGUUGGGACCCAAACACCCCUAUUGUUUUUCAUCAUGAAUGCAGCCGAAGUCUGUAAAAAAUGAGGAAGAGCAUGAGCUUAGUUGGUGCCACAAUCUCUAGAAAAACUGAUUGAGAAAACAAAUUUUGAUGACACGAACCGUGUCACAGUAUCAACCACAUCAACCAUUUGAAACGUUCAGGGCUGAGGAUGAAGCAUUCAGUUUCAUGGUAUAACAACUAAUGCUAUGAAUGAGGAUUAUGAUAAUGGCUGGAAUUGGAGCAGACACUGACAGAGAAAGCUGACAUCAUCAACUUCUUGUUUUGUGGAUGAAAAUGAAGAACAAAAGAGUAAAUGAUUGUUGUCUCUAGUUUUGUUUGUGGUCAUCUUCUUAUCGUGUCAUCGGAUAGGACAAACCAACUAACUCCAUUAAUGACAUAAUUACUUCCUUAACUUAACAGAAAUUCCUUUUGUCUAGAACUCUGUAAUGUAACAUUUAAUGUUCUUUCACUUUUUGGAUAAAGAAUGACCUUUUUGGUACGAAAAAGGUCCUAUUUAAGGGGAUGUUUACUAUUCUUCUGACCAUAGCAGAAAAAAGAAAGUGAAAAGAGAAACACUUUCUGUCAUUCAUUUGAAGCUUUUAAAGCAAAUUAGAGUUAGGUUUGCGACCAUUGAUCCUGUUGAGAUGACAGAAGAAAUGAGGAAUCUAGAUAGAGAAAUUCCGACAUGUGGAUCAGUGAUUGGUGGGAAGCAUAACAAGUGUGUCAUUUUUCCAGUCAAAUCAAGCAUGAUUGCUGAGUCCAUGGAAAGAAGUAACAAAAACUGGAUUGUUCAGACAAAACCAGCAUACCAGAGUGACUUAAUUGUUCAGGUUGGGGAAUUUUGCUUUCACCUGCACAAGCUCCCAAUGGUUGCAAGAAGCAAAUAUCUGAAUAGAAUGAUAAUCCAAAACAGCAGCCACGAAGUGCAAAAUAACAACAGUGUCAGCACAAUACAACUGAACAAUCUUCCAGGGGGGCCUAUGGCUUUUGAGUUGGUGAUGAAGUUUUGCUAUGGGUGGAAGGUUGAUUUAACUGCCAAAAAUGUUGCUCCUCUUUACUGUGCAACACAUUUCCUUGAAAUGACUGAUGAUCUUGCACAAGGGAAUCUCACUUCCAAAGCAGAAGCCUUCUUGAGCUUUGUAAUAUCAUCAUCAUGGAAAGACACGUUCAAAGUUCUCAAAAGUUGUGAAUCCAUUUCUCGAUGUGCCAAUCAGCUGCACAUCCCGAAACGCUGUUCUGAAGCAAUCGCCCGGAAGGCUUGUAUGAACCCGCAAUCCUUCUGUAAUAGUGAUUAUAAUGUUGAUAAUGUAAGGCUCGAAGUCGUUGCUGACAACUGGUGGUUUAAGGAUGUUUUGUUUCUUCGUAUUGAUCAUUUCAUUGAAGUGAUUGAAUCAGGAAAACAAAGAGGAAUGAAGUCUGAGGUUGCAGAAUCGUGUAUAGCACAGUGGACAAUGAGAUGGUUUGCUCGGUUAAUGAAUGAAUUUGAGAAUUUGAUGCUGAAUAAUUCUACUGACAAGUUGAAAGAAACGGCAGUUGAAAGUUUGAUUCGGUUACUUCCCUUGGAGGAAAAUUCGGUUUCCUCUACUUUUCUGCUUCAUAUUUUGAAGUUGGGAUCUGUAACGAAGAUCGACUCCGAAUUGUUAACUAGGAUUGAAAGUAGAUUGGCCAUGAUGUUAAAAAAGUGUCGUGCGUCAGAUUUACUUGUCAAAAACUAUGGAGACGAUGAUGGUGUUUACGAUGUCGCCGUUGUUACUCGGAUCAUAAAAUCUUAUGCUUCUCACAUAUCAGAUAAUGCUCAAUCAAAUUUAUCUGAUGUUGGGAGAUUGGUGGAUGAUUAUCUUAUGCUUGUUGCACAAGAUCAGAACCUCAAAGCAGAUGGUUUCCUAGUCCUCGCGGAAGCAUUGCCGCAAGAUGCUCGGGUUUGUUGUGACAAUUUGUAUAGAGCAAUUGAUAUGUACCUGAAGGCACAUCCUGAGUUAACAGAAGAAGAAAGGACAUGCCUAUGUAGAUCCUUGAAAUACCAUAAACUAUCCCAAGCAGCGAAGGAGCACAUAAUGAAGAACAAUAGGUUACCGCUGAAAUACGUAACAAGUUUCAUUCUUUUGGAACAAGUGAGCGUGACAAAGCCUAGAACAUCAUUUGGAUCGGUUGACCGACAAAUGAGAAGCCGGGUUGUGCUGGGUGAAAGUAAAUGUCCAGGAACAAGUUGGACGUUGAAUUCACAAAACGAGAUAAAUCUGAUGAAAAGGGAGGUUGCGACAAUGAAAGGGCAGCUUAAUGACAUUCAGAUGUGCAAGACAAAACUUCAAGGGCAAGCAAAGAAAGGUUUCAAUCACAAGAAAAAUUUUGCCAGCGUACGGAAAAUUGUCUGUUUGGGGUUCAACAAUUCUAAGUUGAAAAGCUUUGGUUUUGCUCCAUUGUGGGCUUGAACAGAUAUGCAAAGUUUCUUAAAGAAAAUCUUCUUUUA